CCCUCCCCCCUUCUUCCAACCUCUAUAUUCUCACCAUCAUGUCUGACGUGUCGAGCGAAGGUGGCUUCGCCAUUGGGCAAAUCAUCGACCAUGCCGGUGAGACGACCGACGAGUUUGAGCGACUGGCCAACGAGUGGAAGCUGAACGAGAUGGGCGAUGAGUAUGCCAUUGUGGCUGUUCUGGGAUGCCAGUCAUCGGGCAAGUCAACUCUGCUCAACAUGUUGUAUGGGACUCCGUUUGCCGUCAUGGAUGCUCGCUUCGGUCGCUCGCAGACGACUCAGGGUCUUUGGCUCGGUCGUGAUGCCAGCGAGCCGGCUUGGCUCGUGCUGGAUGUCGAAGGCAACGACUCGCGCGAGCGUGGCGAGGACCACACGGCGUGGGAGCGCAAGACGGCUCUGUUCUCGCUCGCUCUGGCGGAUGUGCUCAUGGUCAACAUGUGGUGCACCGACUUUGGCCGGUGGGACGCGGCCAAUCUCGGCAUUCUCAAGACGGUCUUCUCGGUCAACAUCCAGCUGUUUGCCUCGGGCGAGGCGCCCAAGAAGCUGCUCUACUUUGUUGUCCGUGACUACGACGAGGACACACCCAAGGACUCGCUCCGCAACAUCAUUUGCACCGACGUGGGCAAGAUCUGGGAGUCGAUUCCCAAGCCGGACGCCUUUGCUAAUGCCGCCUUUGAGACCUUCUUUGACCUUGCCUUUGUCUACCUCCCGCACUACAAGCACUGCAAGGACCAGUUCCGCGCCGAGGUCGACACGCUCCGCGCCGAGUUCCAUGCUCGGAACGAGGAGACUGGGGCGCUGGCGCUGGCGGCACCCGGCCCGCGGGUCGCCGCCAUCGAUCUGCCGCGCUACGCCGACCAGAUCUGGGCGACGAUCAAGGCCAACAAGGAUCUUUCACUGCCGUCGGAGCGCGAGAUGCUUGCCAUCUACCGGUGCGACGCAGUGCUGAACGAGCAGCUGGACGAAGCAGGGAGCGUGCUCGAUGGGCUCGAGAGCUUUGCGACGGAGCCAAUCGCAGCGGCUCUGGCCCGCGCGCUCUCGGCGUAUGACGCCGAGACCAAGCUCUACCACUCUGGAGUGGUGGCCGAGAGCCGGAGCAAGCUGCAGGCGCAGCUGUUGGCGCGGGCGGCUCCGUCGUUUGAAGCCGAGCUUGUGGCGCGAUCGGCCGCUGGCGUGGCUGCGGCGCAGGCGGUGCUCGACAAGGAGCUCCCGGGUAACCCCCGGGCCCUGGCCGAGGUUCUUGCUGGCGACGGCACCUUUGACUUUGUCGGAGUGAUGGCACAGGCGCGGGCGGCAGGCGAGGGUGGUGUGGCGGAGCUCGAGGCACUUGCGGACGCCGAGGCCUGGCCGUCGGUGCCGUUUGAGGCGCCACCGAGCCCGCUGUGGCGCGCGAGCCGUGCGGGUGAACAGGCGGCGACCGAGCUCUCCCGCGUGCUCGACGGGGCGCACACCAAGUUUGUGGGCGUAGUGCUCGACACGCUGGUGGCCGAGGCGACGGCGCACAUGGAGCAGGAGGGCGAGCUCCACGUUCUGCUCCGUUCCGGCUCGGCAGAGAUGUGGGACUCGCUCCGCGAGCUCCGCAACGCGGCGCUGGAGGCAGUUCAGGGCAAGCUGGUGGAGAUUGCGGCCGGAAUGGGCGCGAGCGGCUCGGCGGCCGAGGGCUGGCAGGUUCAGCUCGCGGCACGGGUCGACGCGGUGCUCGGCAACGCGGUGGAAGAGUUUGUCAAGGUUCUCCCGCUUGCGCUGCGGCAGACCUUUGACGACCACUUUAAGUUUGGUCCUGACCGGCUGCCGAUUCGAUGGAAGCCUGGCGACGACAUCGACGCACGGUACCGCGAGGCGCGUGCUGCCGCGCUUGGCAUGCUCGACAACUUUGCGUCCAACGAGCUGGCGGAUCCACCGACGCCGCUGCUCUCGAACCUUGCCCGGCGGCAGCUCGCGGCGCAGCUGGAGAACGACCUCCGCGGUGCGUAUCUCGACGCCCAGCAGCAGCUGGAAGCGGUCUCGAUCCGGUCGGCCAUUCCGCCGUGGGUCCUUCCGCUUCUCCUUGUUCUCGGCUUUAACGAGAUGUGGAUGAUCCUCACCUCGCCGCUUCUCCUGGUCACGACGCUGCUUGGCGGUGGACUGGUCGCCUUUUUGUACGCCUUCAACAUGCUCGGCCCUGUCAAGGCGAUGGUGCUUGGCGAGGGCCCUGCAUCUGCGGUUGAUGCCAUGAUGUCGCUGCUGUCCUCGAGCUCGGGGGCAGGCAGCUCGGGGGCAGGCAGCUCGGCGACGGUGGGCAAGGCCAAGGCCAAGGCUGACUAAGCAGAGGCGCGGUUGUUGUUAAAAGAGCCUGGUGGUGAGUAAGA